AUGCCUCCCAAGAAAGCUUCCACCACCGCGACCAAGAAGGCUGGCUCGGGUCACGCCUCCUACCGUGAUAUGAUCAAGGAUGCUAUCCUGAAUCUGAAAGAGCGCAAUGGUAGCAGCCGCCAGUCGAUCAAGAAGUAUGUGCAGGCCAACAACAAGAUUGCUUCUGCCUCGCAGGCCGCUUUCGAUAGCCAGUUCAACAAGGCUAUCAAGGUCGGUGUCGAGAAGGGUGAUUUCACCCAGCCUAAGGGUCCAUCAGGUCCCGUGAAGCUCGCCAAGAAGGAAGCAGCUGCUAAGUCUACUGCUACCAAGAAGACUGCUGCUCCUAAGCCUGCUGCCAAGAAGCCUGCGGCUAAGAAGACCGAGAAGACUGAAAAGCCCAAGACUACUAAGAAGACCGGGACUACCACCAAGAAGUCUGUUGGCCGUCCUAAGGCCAACACCGCCAAGCCUCGCAAGGCAUCUACUACUGCGCCCGCCAUUGUCGACCAACCUAAGGUUCUCGGUAAGACCAAGUCUGGCCGUGUGACCAAAACGACGGCCAAACCUGCACCGAAGGUUACCAAGAAGUCGACCUCCAAGAAGGCUUGA